AUGACUCCCUCCCAGCACAACCGCGACCCGCACGAGCCGGUGGCUAUCGUAGGCAUGGGAUGCCGAUGGCCGGGUGGUGUCCAUGACACGUCUCAGUUUUGGGAGUUCUUGCGCAACAAGACGAACGGCUGGAAGGAAUUCGACGAACCGCGCUUCUCAACACAGGGUUUCCAUCAUCCAAACCCCGAUAGACCGGGUUCCAUGUCCAUGAAAGGCGCCUUUCUCGCUAAAGAGGACGCCCGGCUGUUUGACCACUCCUUUUUCGGCAUGACAGGCCUCGAAGUAGAGACGAUGGACCCGUCCCAGCGCAAGUUGCUCGAGGUGUCGUACGAAGCUAUAGAGAAUGCUGGAGAGACAUGGGACAGCGUCUCUGGGUCUCGCACCGGAGUCUUUGUCGGCAACUUUUGCUUGGAUCACUGGAUGAUCCAGUCGCGCGACUGGGAUAACCCAAGACCGUACGCCUUCACCGGUGCUGGCACCAGCAUCCUCGCCAACCGCAUCAGCUACAUCUUCAACCUUCAGGGGCCAAGCCUGACUGUUGACACAGCCUGUUCGUCAUCAAUGUAUGCUCUUCACCUGGCGGUCAACUCGAUCCGAGCCGGGGAUUGCGAUGCCGCAAUUGUGGCAUCCGCCAACUGGAUUGCGGAUCCCGGCGUCCAGAUCGCCCUCGACAAACUUGGCGCGCUUUCUGCGUCGUCGCGGUGUCACACCUUUGAUGCCAGGGCCGAGGGCUACGCCCGAGGAGAAGGGUACGGGGCCAUCUACCUGAAGAGGCCGUCGCUGGCCGUCGCCGACAGCUCGCCCAUCCGCGCAAUUAUCCGGGGGACCGCCAUCAACUCCAACGGCCGGACGGGCGGUAUCACCAGGCCGAGCGCUCGUGGCCAGGAGAUGGUCAUCCGGGAAGCCUACCGCAGCGCCGGCGACCUCCCUUUCCGCGACACCAGCUACUUCGAGUGCCACGGAACGGGCACCUACGUCGGUGAUCCGAUCGAGGUGGCCGCCCUGGGGAGGGUGUUCGCCCCCGAGAGGUCCGCCGACGACCCUCUUCUUGUCGGCUCUGUCAAAAGCAACGUGGGCCACGGUGAAGGUGCCAGUGCUCUGGCAUCCAUCAUGAAGGUAGUGCUCUCUCUCGAGAACGGCGCCAUUGCCCCCUUGUUCGACCUUCAGACAAGAAACCCCAACAUUGAUUUCAAAGGCGCCAACGUCCUGCCGGUGACAGAGGUCACCCCGUGGCCCAAGGGCCGACCCCAAAGAGCAAGCAUCAACUCGUUUGGGUACGGUGGCGCCAACGCUCACUGCAUCAUAGAGCAUGUCAACAUCAUGCUGCCCGAUUAUGUAGCCCCUGGCGUCUAUCAACGCAAAGCCAACGGUCAUACCAAUGGUCAUACCAACGGUCAUACCAACGGUCAUACCAACGGCCACACCAACGGUUACGCCAACGAAACUCGCCAGGAGGAGCCAAGGGAACCUCUUUUGGCCAUCCAAAAGCCAACCUUGGCUGCCUCGCCCAACGCAGCCACACGCCAGCUUGUACUCUUGCCGCUCUCGGCCCACACGGAACGUUCUUUCGAAUCGAACCUCGCCGCCUUGUCGCGGGUCAUCGACAAGGUCCCUCUGGCAAACGUCGCGUACACCCUCGCUUCCAGGCGCUCGAGGUUCGCCCAACGGUCAUUCCGCAUCGUGGACAGGGACAGCGUCGCCCAGGGACUCGCGACGCCUCACAAGAUUACGCGGGCGCCUUUGCAGACGGCCAACCUGGGCUUUAUCUUCACCGGCCAGGGAGCACAGUGGCACCGCAUGGGACGCGAGCUGUUUGAGUUCCGUGUCUUCCGAAAAGCCAUAGAGGAUCUCGACCGCGUCCUCGGCUCGCUCGCGAACCCCCCCUCGUGGUCCCUGCUCAGCAUCCUCUCCGGGGACUGCGAAGACGUCGCACUGGUCCAGACCGCCGAAAUAUCCCAGGCCGUGUGCACCGCCGCGCAGAUCGGUCUUGUCGACCUACUUGCCUUGUGGUCCAUCAGGCCUUCCGGUGUUGCCGGGCAUUCAUCCGGAGAGAUAGCGGCGGCAUACGCUGCUGGCCGCAUCACAGCGGCCGAGGCCAUUGUGGCUGCAUACUUUCGUGGCCAGGCGGUCGCGAGGAACAGCCAACAGGGCGCAAUGCUGGCCGUGGGUCUCGGAGUCGAGCAGGUGUCACCGUACCUCGACAGCAGAGAAGACGAAGUCAAAGUCGCAGCUAUCAACUCCCCAGGUAGCGUGACUUUAUCCGGGGAACCGGCCGCCAUCAGGGACAUCUCUGCAGCCAUGACGGCGGACGGCGUCUUCAACCGUCCACUUCAAACCGGCGGCAAUGCCUAUCACUCACACCACAUGCUGCCAAUCGGACGGGAGUACUCGGAGAUGCUCGCCAAGGGACUCGAAAGCGUCCAAGACAUUGGGCCGGACUCUCCAAGGAGGGGUCGCUACGAACCUACUUUGUGGAUAUCGUCAGUGACACCUGCCAAGAGCACCACCGAGUUCGGCGAUGCGGCAUCGUACUGGAGAGCUAAUCUAGAGUCUCCAGUCCUCUUCUCAGAGGCGGUUACGAGGCUCGUGAGCAGAGAAGAUGUUCCCAUUAACGUGCUUGUGGAGAUUGGUCCUCACCCGGCAUUGAAGACACCCUUAGAGCAGAUCCUGAAGGAUGCCGGCAAGACCGUCGCGUACGCAUCGACGUUGAAGCGACAAGAGGAUGGUCGUCGCUCGGUGCUGCAGUGCGUCGGUACCUUAUUUUGUCUCAACGCAAGCGUCGACCUCGCUGCUGUCAACGCUGUCGACAUCGCAGAUUGGUCAGGGUUGGAACACGGCCAUGUCAGCUCCGACCUUCCACCAUACCAGUACACCUACGGGGGCCUGAACUACCACGAGAGCCGGGUCAGUAAGGAGUAUCGCUCUCGGUCCAUCCUCAGGCACGAUCUCCUGGGUUCCAAAGUUGCCGGCAACGCUAAACUGCGGCCUCAAUGGCGGAACAUACUCCGCAUAAAAGACGUCCCGUGGCUGGGUGAUCAUCGCCUUGUGCCAGAUGCCGUGCUGCCAGCGGCAGCGACUUCGGGCGUCGAGGGCUUCUCGCUUCGUAACAUGGAUAUCAAGAAGAAAUUGGUCAUCCCAGAAGAUGACUACGGCGUCGAGAUCCUGACGAGCAUGGAGCUGGUUGACGAGUCCCCGUCCCAGCCCCCGGCAUGGGCGACCUUCUCAAUCAGCUCUGUGAAGCGCGAUACGGACGAAUGGACGGAGCACAGCACCGGCCGCAUCAAGAUCCAUCAAGCCGGGGCUGAUAAGCACAUCGUCGACAAGCAUCAAGUCCAUCACGCUUCACGGGCCGUUGACGCCCAACUAUGGUACAACAAGUUCCUCGACAUUGGCCUCGGCUACGGCCCGGUCUUCCAACCGCUGUCUGACAUCCGUAUCGACCCGAUCUCUGGCGCCACCGUGGCGACUGUUGACCUCCAGCCAUCUUCUUCCUCUUCUGCUCUGGCGGGAGGCGAAUCACGAUAUCCGGUCCACCCGGCGUCCUUGGACGGGGCCAUCCAGCUGGGGCUGAUUGCCUGCCACAAAGGCCGGCCGGACGAGGCCAGCACGGCCUUCCUGCCGGUCCAGAUUCCCCGGCUCUACAUCUCGAACGGCAUCGCGCAAGAAGUGUGCACUGUCACUGCGCGAGGGACGAGGCGGGGGAUCCGCAGCGCCCACCUCGACUUGCAGAUGCUCGGCCCCGACGGCGAGGUCCUCGUCAGCGUGGAGAAGCUGCGUUGCGUCAGCUACUCCGGCGACGUGAGAGCUGCGGGAGCCGACGAUGACGACCUGGCUUUCAGCAGCCCGUUCACGCGGCUCGUCUGGAGGCCCGAUAUCCGCACGCUCACAAACCCACAGGCCCGCCAGUUGUACCCGCCGCCCGAACAAAACGUGCAGAGGGCGCCUCUCUGGGGAAUCACGAACAGGGUGGCUCAUCUGGUUAUCCUUAGCAUAUACGAAAGCUUCGGGAAGCGGGUAGCAGACGCACCUAGGCCUUCCGGCGACGUCGGCCACUUCUUUGACUGGGUCAAGAGGAAGGCCCAGAGCGACGACUCGGACGAGAUGAGGGAGGCCAGGGAGCUGGCAGCGGCGACGGCGGAGGGCGGCCUCCCGGACAAGAUUGACGAGCUGGUCGCCCAGGCCGGCGAUGUCGUGGAGGUCCAGAUCGCGAAGCUCCUUCAUGACAACGCGGCCGACAUCCUGUUCGAGCUCCGGACCGGCAUGGACGUCAUCAUCGGCGCGGGCCUCCUGACGCCUCUCUACCAGAGCGGCUUGCUAAUGACGGGCAUCUAUCCGCAGCUGUCGCACGUCCUGGAGGGUCUCGCCCACGCGAGCCCGAACGCGCGCGUCUUGGAGAUCGGGGGCGGCACGGGCGGCGCCACGCGCAUCGCGAUGAAAGCCUUCGCCGGCACCAACGGCGUCAAGGCAUACAGAGACUACACGUUCACCGACAUCUCUGCCGGGUUCCUCUCGUCGGCGCGCGAGUCCCUGGCCGGGCUCCACGACAUGCACUUCUCGGUGCUGGACGUCGAGGCGGACCCCCUGAGUCAGGGGUAUGAAGCGCAGGCGUACGACCUCGUCAUCGCAUGCCAGGUCCUCCACGCCACGUCCAACAUGCACAGAACUCUAUCGCACUGCCGCCGCCUUCUCCGUCCGGGCGGCAAGCUUGUGCUGGUGGAGACGAACCGCAACUUCACCGUGCCCGGCAUCGUCGUGGGCACUUUCACGGGCUACUGGGCCGGGAUCCCCGACGGCCGCGUGGAUGCCCCGUUCCAGAGCUUGGCCGCCUGGGAAUCCUCGUUGCGAGACGCGGGCUUCUCGGGCCUCGACCUGGUGCUCGAUGAUUUCCCGGACCCGCACAACACCACUUCAGUCAUGGUAUCUACGGUCCUAGCAGAGCCGAAGGCGCCGCCGCCUCCUCCUCCGUCUGCCGCGGUUCACGUGCUCCACGGCAGCAGCGGGGAGUCAUUCAUGCGGCACAUUGCCGAGGAGCUGGAGCGUCGGGCAUUUGAGGUGAGGACUGGCCCGCUCGACGCCGCACCCGACUCCGUCACGCCGGGAUCCCGCGUGGUGGCCCUGUGCGACGACGAGCAUCUCCUGGCCAACGGAGCCGACGAGCAGGGCUUGCGCGUGUUCCAGCUUCUUUCGCGGACUGCCUCGAGUAUGCUCGUUGUUACGAGCUGCGGCGUCGCCAGGGGGCGCAACGCGGACGGCGCCGUGCUCCCCGGCCUGCUGCGCGUCCUCCAGAACGAGAACCCCGCGAGCCGAUACGUGUUGGUCGACGUGGACGCGGACGACUUUAACAUGGAUCCCACUGAGACCGUAGAUCUCGCCCGCAAGAUCGCUCAGCUGCUCGAGGAUGGGCUCGACCACGGCGGGCGCCCAGCGGCGGAAGACGACGGGGAGACGGAGACGGGUCCAGAUCCGGACUGUGAGUUCACCUGGCAAGACGGCUGCCUGUGGGUCAGCCGCCACAUCCCUGACGGGGGUUUCCACUCGCAGCACGGCCUCGACGGCCGCAAGCUGAAGCCGGAGCUGCUGCCGCUCGGUACCCACGACGGGGGCGUCCGCGCCGCGUUCGAAACGCCCGGGGUGCCCGGCUCGCUGUACUUUAGGCCGUACGACGAGCUCCACCGGCCGAUCCCGCCGGGAUAUAUGGAUGUCACCGUCGAGGCCGUCGGCGUGAGCGACAGGGACGUGGAAACGUGGACGGGACGUCGGGACGGAGACCACUUCUCGUCCGAGUACGCGGGCGUCGUCAUCUCCGUCUCCGGGCCCGGCCCCACUUCUGAUCACGACUCCGAGGGCGCGGGACCCACCCACGGCUUUCGGGUCGGCGACCGCGUCUACGGCCUGGGUAAAGGGCAGCUCGGUAACCGCACACGCGUCCCGGCCGCCUUCGCCUGCAAGCUCGCGCCGGGCCACGAUAUCGUGGGGGCAGCCUCGAUGCCCCUGGCGUACGCGACGGCGGUGUACGCCCUGGACCACGUCGCCCAUCUGCGAAAGGGCCUGUCGGUGCUCGUCCAGGCGGGCGCCGGCGACGCGGCGACGGCGUCCAUCAUCCUGGCGAAGGCCAAGGGGGCCGAUGUGUUUGUCGUCGCCGAAACGCCCGAGCAAACCAGCUUUCUCGUCGACAACCUGGUCGUUCCGGCUUCGCACGUCAUCGAGGGGCACGGCUUAGAUCGGCUCCGGCAGGCCGCACGCAAGACUCGCAGAGGCGGGUUCAACGCCGUCAUCUGCACUUCCGACUCCGGCAGCGACGUCCCGUCCGCGCUGUUGGAGGUGCUGGCGCCCCUGGGACGGCUCAUCGACAUCGGAGGCCGUGGGGCCGACUCGCAGACGCUUGAAUUGCUUCCGCCCAUGGCAACCUACUCCGUGAUCGACGCCCUCGCCAUUCUCGACGCGGACCCGUCUCUUGGCGCAGAGCUCAUGGAGAGCGUGGGCGACUACCAUCGCAAAGGCCUCAUCGGGCCUCUCCCGGGGCUCACCGCGGUCGAUGUCGGCCGCCUGCCCUCGGCGCUGCGCGACGUGGCCGACAAAGCGCCGGAAAAGCUCGUUGUCGGCUUCCAGGACCUCGGGAGCCUCGUCCGGAUGGUCACACCAGCCCCGGCUGCCAGGCUCGACCCGGAGGCCUGCUACGUCGUGACCGGAGCCCUGGGCGGCGUGGGGCAGUCGCUGGUCGGAUGGAUGGCCGACCGGGGCGCGAGGUACCUGGUGCUCCUCUCUCGACGCGCAGCUACGAGCGUCCCCGGGGCUGCAGAGCUCAUCUCGUCGCUCGCCGGCCGCGGCAUCCAGGUCGAGUGCUUCUCCUGCGACGUCAGCAACAAGCAGGACGUGGCCGAUGUCAUGCAGCGCGUCUCGUCGCGCCGGUCCGUCAAGGGCGUCGUCCACGCCGCCGUCUCAUACCUCGACCUCAGCUUUGAUAAGGUCGAGGCCGGUCGGUGGCGCGAAGGCCUGGCGGCCAAGGUUCAGGGCACCAGGAAUCUGCACGAGGCCACGCUGGCGAUGCCCCUCGACUUCUUCGUCAUGAUCACCUCGGCCCUCUCGCUCUACGGCUUCGCAACGCAGGGCGCGUACACGGCCGCCAACAGCUUCCAGGACGCUUUCGCGAGGUACCGCCGACGGCUGGGCCUCCCCGCGUCGACCGUGUCUUUCGGCCUCAUCAGAGAGGCCACGGCCGUGGGCACCGACGCGACAACGAUCGACCUGUUCGAGCGCAACCGGGCGGCGACGCUGAGCGAGUCCCGGUUCCUGACGCUCCUCGGGCCCGCGUUCCUCGACAACCAGACCUCACACGCCGCGGACCCGGCCCAGUGGUCCGGCCGGCAGCAAGACCCCCUCUCAUGCGCGAACCUGCACACGUACCUCGACCCGCGGGCAAUGGCCAGGAAGAGUGGCAAGGCCUCUUCGUCUGCGGCUGGCGUUGCUCCGCGCUGGCACGGCGACGCGCGCGCCUCGCUGAUGAUGCGCGCCGCACGCGACUGCCAGCAGCUCUCCGACCAGCUCGACGGCUCCCCCGGCGAAGCAUCACUCAGCACUACAGCGCUCCUGCGUGCCGAGUUGGCGGCGGCCAUCGCGGAGGGGGCGGCUGGACGGUCCUCCGCCGUCGCUCUCGCGCAGGGCGCCAUCGUCAAGGCGGUCGCCGAGAUGCUGUUUAUCGACGCCGAGAGCAUCGACCCGGCUAAAUCGGUCGCGGACCUGGGCGUCGACAGUCUGAUUGCGGCCGAGCUGCGCAACUGGUUCCUGCAGGCGCUCGGGGCCAAUAUUAGCAUGCUGGACCUGCUCGACCCGGCCGUGGGUAUCAGCAGGCGGGCUGCCGACAUCGUCGACGGGGCAUUGUCACAGUCUUCGAAGGCAUGA